CGUCAGGGUGGCGCUUAGACUGGGUCACAGAGGAACUGCAGAAGCAGAGCGUUGCGAGCGACAGAAGUGAGAGCGAACCGCGUUCAGAUUACUGCAAGCGACACGCGCCUCCGCUCCUCUUCGACGCACAGUAUCUCCAUCGCUGACCGCAGAAAAAUGCCAUUGGGAGAGGAUGAACACUCUUGGAAAAAGAAAACAGCCAACAUCAAGGAAAUCUAUGAUUUCAAGGAGAUUUUGGGAACCGGGGCUUUCUCUGAGGUGAUGCUCGCGGAGGAAAAGAGAACGAGGAGACUCGUGGCCAUAAAGUGUAUCCCCAAAAAAGCUCUGGAGGGGAAAGAGAACAGCAUCGAGAAUGAGAUCGCCGUGCUACACAAGAUUAAACAUGCCAACAUAGUUUCCCUGGAGGACAUAUUCGAGAGCAAAUCACAUCUCUACCUUGUCAUGCAACUGGUGUCCGGUGGAGAACUCUUCGACAGGAUUGUUGAAAAAGGAUUUUACACCGAGAAAGAUGCCAGUAAGCUCAUUCAACAAAUCUUGGAUGCUGUGAAAUACCUGCAUGACAUGGGCAUCGUGCACAGAGAUCUGAAGCCGGAGAACCUGCUGUACUACAGUAUGGAUGAAGACUCCAAAAUCAUGAUCAGUGAUUUCGGUCUGUCUAAGAUCGAGGGUUCAGACAGUGUUAUGAGCACAGCGUGUGGUACACCUGGAUACGUAGCUCCUGAAGUUCUUGCACAGAAGCCGUACAGUAAAGCUGUGGACUGCUGGUCGAUCGGGGUCAUCGCAUACAUCCUUUUAUGUGGAUAUCCACCGUUUUACGAUGAGAAUGAUGCCAAGCUCUUUGAGCAGAUCCUGAAGGCGGAGUACGAGUUUGAUUCACCGUACUGGGAUGAUAUCUCAGAUUCAGCCAAAGACUUCAUUGUGCAUUUAAUGAAAAAAGAUCCCGGUCUGCGUUACACAUGCGAACAGGCUCUUCAGCACCCGUGGAUCGCAGGAGACACCGCGUUGGACAAGAACAUUCAUGAAUCUGUCAGUGCUCAGAUCAAGAAGAACUUCGCCAAAAGCAAGUGGAAGCAAGCAUUUAAUGCGACGGCGGUAGUUCGUCACAUGCGCAGACUGCAGUUGGGAACCAGUCAGGAGGGUCAGACACAGUCCACUCUGCCCAGUCCCUGUCACGGGCAUCUACUGCUGCCUGAAGGAGACGAAGAAGAGAGCUCCCUGCGGAGGGAGAAUUGUGGCUGUUCUGAGGGGGUCACUGAGGAGGUCACUGAGGGGAACGACAUAAAGAACUGCACCUACAACGUCCAUUCCACCAGUCGGGUCUGAGUGUCGAUCAUCCCGCAGUAACCAAUGACUGACUGUCCUGUUUUUCCACUGGAGUCCUGCCACACCCCCCAGGCCGGGAAUACUGAGUAGCUCCAGCAUCCUUCCACUAGGAGGCGCUGCAGUGUAAAGAACCCAGGUGGGAAGGGGGUCACUACUAUUCCAAUGGAGGGAUUCUGUUUAAUGAGAGGAGAGUUCAAAAAGAAGAGACAAAGAAGAUUGCUACUGGUGCAUCAUGGGUAACGUGUGAUUUGCGGGAACUGGAAAGAGAUUGGACAGUAUUUAACUCAGUUUAAAACAUAAUAUAUUUGAAUUUCCUGAACUAAAUGUGCACAAAAGUCUAUUUCUGAUUUCAUUUUUAAAUGUCCACUUUUGACGGGUUCAGAUGUGGUUAAAUUUAACAAAAAAUGUAGAUAUGAGAUUAUGAUCUAAAUAUUUUUCACAACAGUCAUCCGCAUGUUAACUACAUCUCAUGUUCCUCAUGCUUACAUAAAGCUUACGUCAAAUCGAUCAUUAUAUUUCAGUUUUUUUAACAUUGCGUUUCAUCAGGUCUUCUCAACAGGUCAGAAAUUCAUUGUCAGUAUGUUUCAGCAUGUCUCUCACAUCAAAUACUCUCUGUUGUGCCUUCAGUAUCGAUGCUUUUCGACUUUUUUUUGCAAAUUCACCUACAGCUCUUCUAAGCUAUGCACUGUCUGCGGGCGCUUUGUACAUUGUUUCAUACGUGCUACCAUCAUUAUAAAUACAACACAGCUUUUGUUUUUUCUUCUCAUUUUGUAAACCCCUUUCUAUCACAACAUUAAAAGUACUCAGGGGAGGAAUAGAAUCAGAAAAUUUAGAUUUAUUGAACGGUUGUGGUUUACAAGAGAAAAAAGCUACAGGAAACUACAGUACACAUCACUACACGGCUACGGUCUAAAUCAGGGGUUUUCAAACAGGGGUCAGGGGCCUCCAGAAGUUUCUAUAGGGGGUCUCCAGAAAAUAAAAUAAAAAGUAAACAUUUUAAAAGUCUACUGAACAUUAUAAGUGUUUCAUUAAGAAGUGUUUAUCUCUUCUUUCUUGCUUCACGCAUGCUUUCCAGAAUUUUUUUUAUCUUUAUAGUGAGACUCACUGGGGUUUGUAAUGUAGUCUUUGCAAAGAUGUAAUGAAAAUUGCUACAGUACAAAUACAUUUGAAUUGAAAUGGGCUAGUUACUAGCUUUUGGGACGCCAAGGUCGGCAGACUAAUUUCCGGUCGUAUAACAAUGUAUGGGAAAUGGAGGAUUUGGGGCUGAGUAUGGGUGGUUUUUUUAGAUAAAAAAGAAAAAAGUAAUAUAUAAGAGAUAUGACAGACCCUCAUUACAUUGCUAAGCACUUCGUUAAGCCAAAACAACACGAUAGUGUUAUACGACCGGAAAUUAGUUUGCCGACCCUGGCGUUGCAAAAGCUCACCGGCGCCAUCUUGUGCAACUAGCCCAUUUGUUCUGUUCAGAGUUAUACAUCCAUCAUUUCUCCUAUUUUAGCCAAUCAUUUAAUAUGUUGUCUUUACAAUAUCACACUUAUUAGUAAUUUAACGCAGCUUAAAUGUCUCUUUAUACAAAAAAUUUGAUAUAGGCUAUAGAUGAAUAUGUAUUUUAGGAAGGGGGUCCCCAAAAAAGAUUCAUCAUAUUUGGGGUCCCUUGCAUGGUAAAGUUUGAAAACCCUUUGUCUAUGCGAUAGAUUUAACAUUCUGAAUUAUGGAAUCUGUUUUAAAGUGACCUCCAUUAAAGGAAAUGAACGUGUGACUUGACUCAAGUUUUAUGGUUUUGUUUGUUUCCAUUCACUGCCAGACUGCCAGAAUUGUUUAUUGUUUGAAAAAACAUUCGAUGGAAAAUACGUAAAAGUCAAAUAAUAGGAAGCCCCAGAUGUUUGCGAAGAGUUUUUUCUCCACAUGUGUGAUGAAUGACUGUGUGUUCUCCAUGUGUUUUAUAAUGCAUUAGAAGGCUAUCAACAUUUAUGAUUCUCAAGACUUGCUAUUGUUUUUUGUUUGGUUCUUUUUAUUUCUUCGUUUGAAAUCAAGUGAUGGUCAGAGAAUAAAUUCAAUUCAGUGAAUGAAUUGUUGCCUUUAAAUGCUUUACUGUGGCGUUUAAAAAAUAUACAACUUAUUCUGCACAGUUCACGGAGAUGGCAAUGUAUAUUUGUAUGUGUUUUAAAGUGAUGUUGUAUACGGAUUGUAGUUGCGAUGCGUUGAAAAAGAGGUCUUGCUGUUCAUUUAUUUGAACAAAACAAUAUCUGUUUCUCUAAAGGGGUAAAGUGUUUCAAUCGUGAUAACUUGGCCUUGUCUCUCUCGACUCAGAAUUACCUUUGAGUUAACAAAAUAACUCUAGUAUAAAGUGCUCCCCGUGCUCACAAAUGAAUAAUUGUAAAACUUCUUAUGCUGUGGGUUGGAAGUGUUUCUCUCGACGAAUACUGUAUGUUGCUGUAUGUAUCUCAGCAUGGUGUGACUUAUGUACUGUAUAUACAGUGUAGGACUAUUGUAUAUACACGGGUACGUUCACUUAAAAAAAAAUAUAUGCUAUUGUUAAAUGUAAAACUGAGAAAAAAGUUUACUUGCUACAGUAUAUUUAACUGUUAAUGCAAAUCCUUAAUAGUUGUAAUCAAAGUUGCUUAAAGUUGAUUUUAUUUUUUACCACGAAACCCUUUGAACAAGUAACAUACUAUGUGUCUGCAGUAAACUGCACAUUUUGAUAGCCUGGUGUUCACACAAACACAGUAUAAUGCAUAUUACAGAAAUGUCAUUCCAAACAUUAUAAUUUGCAUUAUUUCACUUUUUCCCUACAUGGGCAUAGCUACCUCUUAAUCUUAUAACGGCUUGCUACAUUCUUUAUUUGGAAGAGGUUUGGGAAUGAGCAUUGUGUUCAAAUUGACCAAUGUCAACCAACUCAGGACAGCAACAAUAUUUGGAUUUAGAUUUUAUGUUGGAAACAAAAGUGCGCUAGUAAACCUUAAACAGUUUCAUUGGCCUUAGUAAUAACCUUUUAUGCAAAUGUUCAAGGGCUUGACUCCAUAACUAAUGUCUUGCCGAUUUUGGUCAAUUUGUCUUAUAACUCAAUUUAAAUGUAUUCUGAACAUUUGUUUUUCAUAAAGACGUAUUUCUAAAACAAAAUUUGAAGCCAAAAUGGUACUUGACAUUUCCCUUUCUAAACGAAAAUGUUGAAAUUGUUGUCUUUUGUUUUGAUUUGAUUUUCGCAAAAUAUUGACAGUAUGUUGUACAUGUAUACGUAUAGAUAUGAAGAGUUUGCUUCCAAAAUGAGAUAACUGCUCAAACUGCAGUUGUUUUGUUUUGAUUUAAGCCACAAUAACUAAAAAAAUACAGCUAACUAACACAAUAAACAUGAUACCAUACAACAUGAUAACAUAACAAAAAUCAUGUUUUUUAUGAUCUCAUUUUGGAUCCAAACUCUUCAUACAUACUGUGUUUACUUCUUUUUGUAAGACUUGUAUGAGCUGUUUUGAGCCUUUGCUUGUUCGGAUGCAAUGCAUCAUAGGUAUUUACUGGAUAUUAUUCGUAAUGAAGUACUGCUCGAUAUUGACGCCAAUGAUUUGUACUUUUAAAACAUUUGUAACUGUAAAGUGCAUUAAACUUUCCUUGUC